UUGAUUAAAAGCAGUUUAAAUACAAUACAGACUUUGAGCAAAACGGUUUAAAUAAAGUUUUUCAAUUUUCAAAUACUAAAAGUGUUUAGACUUAAGUUGCAACUAAAAAUUAUAUAUAAAAUAUGUGGCAAAUACAUACAAAAUAUAAUAUUUAUUUUAAGCUUCAAUAUGUUGCUCGUUUAUGCUGCUGAUUCAUUGGAAUCGGCGGCUUCUAAAAAAGUUUCUACCCCUAUACCCACCUGCAAUGAAAAGGAUGUAAAUCUCAACGAUUGUCUGCUCAAGGUUUUUGCUGAUAUGAUACCACGUUCUAAAGAUGGCAUACCGGAAAUCAAUGUACCACCCAUGGACCCGUUUGUUAUUAAUAGAACAAGCUAUAUUUUCUCUCAUCCCAUAGUGCAGGGAAAAGUUGCAGUACGCAAUCUUAAAAUACAUGGCUUAAGCAAAGUGAUUACUAAAAGUUUGGACUUUAAACGUGAGGGAAGUCAAGUGAACUUUAAGGUUAAAUCUUUUAUACCAGAAAUGUUUGCCGAGGGGAUGUAUAAGGCAAAAAUUAAAUUAAAUGCAGCUAAUAUAUCGUCAAAGGGACCAUUUAAUGUGACCUUGACCAAUAUUGAUGUUGACAUUGAAACCACUUCGGAAUUGUACGAACGUGAUGGUCAUCGUUAUAUGCGUCUUAAAACUUUUAAUUUUGAUCCUAUUGUGGGCAAUAUGAAAUUCUAUGCAGAGGGUUUAUUGCCCGAACCUUUACUAAAUGAGGCUAUACUUGAGUUUAUUAAUCAAAAUUGGCGCACCAUUUACAAGUCUUUGGUACCUGAGACUCGUGCAGCUUGGGAGCCAGAAUUUGUUAAAUUAAGCAAUGAAUACUUUUCUCAUGUUAUGGUGGAUGCUGUUCUAAAAGGGGAUUAAUCUUCUUCUAAACAUAAGAUAAAACUGAAAAUAAAGGGCUUUUGAAGAAAACCUA